GACUACGGUAAAAAAAAAAAAAAAAAUGGCGGCGUCCUCAGCAGUAGGACGCGUCUUGACUCUUUGCAAGCAGUUUCAAAAUGUCUGUAGGAUAUCUUCAGCGAUAAAUGCGCAACUCCGUGUUGAGAAUGUGAACAAAUGCCAGAAUCGUCUUUACAGGGAAAAGUCUCCGCACGUUGCCCCGUCUUGGUGUAGUCCCAUCAGCUCUGUGGGUCAGUGUCGAGCUCUGCACACAACCAUCAGCAGAAGAGGACUGGAGGAGUUCUUUGACUUCCCUGAGAACUGGGGAGAGACCAACGUGAAGUCAGGAGGACCCUGGACUGCCAAACAACUGAGAACAAAGAGCAACGAGGAUUUACACAAACUUUGGUAUGUGCUGCUGAAAGAAAAGAACAUGCUGCUGACACUUGAGCAGGAAGCAAGAAGGCAGAGGGUUCAGAUGCCGAGUCCAGAAAGAAUAAGGAAGAUUGAGCGGUCCAUGUUCAGGCUGGAGACGGUGGUGAAUGAGAGGGAGACGGCGCUGCGUCUGUUGCAGACAGGACAGGAAAAAGGCAGGCCAGGAGCCUGGAGGAGGAACAUCUUUGGAUACGUCUACUGGUAUCGAUUCAAAGAAUAUGCAAUUCCUUGGUACAUGAAUAAAAGAUACAAGCGCAAGAGAUUCUACACACCAAAGUUUGUCCAGCCACACAUAAGGCUGCGUAUAGAGAAGUACCUACGGGAAAAGACCAGGAAAGCAAGCUCAAAGAAGGAAGCUCAGGCCAAACUAAAGGAGAAGUUUCCUCAAAUGAAGGUUUCAUCAUCAUGAAAUUUCAGGCUCCCGUUGUGUUGAUAAUGAAUUUUUGACAGCUAUGAUCCUCACAUCUAUCCAGACACAAGUCCCUUUCCACAUGUUAUUUGAUAAAUGAAUACAAACAGACAUGGCAGUCUGAAUCAGGUCCAUUCAAAUAACCGAAGGUGGUUUGAAACUUGUAGUGUACAAGUUAAUUUGUUCAGCUGUUAUUUGAUCCUACAAGAUAAAUUAUGCUACAUCACCCUGAAAUAUUUUGGUCACGGUGUUGAUACUUGUUAUUAAAACAAACCUAAUACUGA